AUUGUUUGGCAUUUGAACAAGUGUCACCUGAUUAAUUUCUGCUGUUACAGGCUCGCUGGACUUGCGUGUAUGUUCUCCACGAGCAUUCUUUUGCAAAUCCUGGCAUGUGCUUUGUACAACAACUGGUGGCCUAUGUUAGCAGCACUCAUGUACAUCAUUGUGCCCAUGCCAUGCCUGUUCUUCGGUGAUGGAUCCACACGGUUCUUGAGUAGCGGAGAGGGUGGAGCGUGGAUCAACGCUGCAAAGUUUCUGACUGGCGCGUCUGCCAUGGGAAGCCUCGCCAUCCCCGCGAUCCUGAGGCACGCUGGCCUGAUCGAGACCGGGGCCAUGUUCAUCGAGUUCACGUCCUUCUUCAUCCUCGUGUGCACUGUGCUGUGUUUCCACAGGGCCACCCUGGAGGAAGAAUGGUAGAGCCGUGAUACUGCAAGGAGUAGCAACCCCAGAAGAAGAAAGAAUUCCCUCUGUGGGAUCUAACGUGGACCUGUGUACAAAGAAGCAUGUUCAAAGUGCAUGACUACUCUAUUUGUGUAUUAUUGUGCACGUUCUCGAGAUCUGUAAUCUAGUGGCGGCGAUGCUGCUGUCUUAAUUAGCCUUUUUCUUGUGGAUGUAUCCUUUGCCGACCCGACCGUGUGAAACAUACAUGAGAUCUGCUGCUGUUGACA